GAAACAGACACAGUGAAUGAUUAGAAUUAACGGAUAAUAAAACCUUAUCCGACAGUCGCAGGUCUUGGAUGAAUGAGGCUUUAAAGGUCAGCAAAAAUUCUACUAACUCUCCGUCAAGAGCUAAAGACCCAAACUCGCAAUUCAAACAAUUUUCCCAUUUGUAAGAUGCAGAUGCCUACACCAAUCCGAGCUCCUACAUGGGUCUCAAGGCGAAGACAUUUCGAGCAGAAAUUAUGGGACUUAGACAAAUGCAGAGACAUUAACCAACUGAAGCAAAUGCAAGCAAUUGUAUACAAAUCCAAUCUUCAACAAGACCCUUUCAUUGCUCCCAAACUAAUUACCGCUUUUUCUCUUUGUCGCCAAAUGGGUUCUGCUUUAAAAGUCUUUAGUCAAGUUCCUGACCCUAAUGUGCAUUUGCACAAUGCUUUAAUCAGAGCUCAUAUUCACAACUUCAACCCAUCUCAAGCUUUUGCUACUUUCUUUUAUAUGCAGUGUGCUGGUAUUUUUCCUGAUAAUUUUACCUUUUCGUUUCUGUUAAAGGGCUGUUCGGGGAAGUGUUGGUUGAGUGUUGUGAGUAUGAUUCAUACCCAUGUUGUGAAAUGGGGUUUUGAGGAUGAUAUUUAUGUCCCUAAUUCGUUGAUUGAUGCGUAUUCUAAGUGUGGGGUAGUUGGUGUACGAGCUGCAGGUCAGUUGUUUCGAGGUAUGAAGGAGAGAGAUGUUGUUUCUUGGAAUUCUAUGAUUAGUGCGUUGUUGAAAGUGGGUGAUUUGAGCGAAGCGCGAAAGUUGUUCGAUGAAAUGCCUCAAAGAGACAGGGUUAGUUGGAAUACUAUGUUAGAUGGAUAUACUAAGACUGGGGAAAUGAUUGUGGCGUUUGAAUUGUUUAAAAAGAUGCCGUUGAGGGAUGUUGUGUCUUGGUCCACAAUGGUCUCGGGUUAUUGCAAAGUGGGGGAUUUGGAGAUGGCUCGAAUGUUGUUUGAUAAAAUGCCUUCCAAAAAUCUUGUAUCGUGGACGAUAAUGGUAUCAGGAUAUGCCGAAAAAGGCCUUGUAAAAGAGGCAAUUGGAUUGUAUAUGCGAAUGGAGGAGGCAGGUUUGAAGCUUGAUGUUGCGGCUAUUGUUAGCAUUCUAGCUGCCUGUGCAGAAUCAGGCAUGCUUAGUUUGGGUAAAAGAGUGCAUGAUUCCGUCGAGAGGAGUACGUACAGGUGUAGUACUCUGGUUUCUAAUGCCUUGAUUGAUAUGUAUGCCAAGUGUGGUUGCUUGCAUAAGGCUUAUAAUGUCUUUAACGGGCUGAAAAAGAGAGAUUUGGUUUCUUGGAAUGCGAUGAUUCAUGGGUUGGCUAUGCAUGGACGUGGAAAGAAGGCACUUGAGCUUUUCUUUAAGAUGAAGCAAGAAGGAUUUGCGCCUGAUAAAGUGACAUUAGUUGGUAUCUUGUGUGCGUGCAAUCAUACUGGUUUGGUGGAUGAGGGAAUAAUUUAUUUCUAUUCUAUGGAGAAAGAUUAUGGGGUAAUACCUGAAAUAGAACAUUAUGGUUGUCUUAUUGAUCUUUUAGGUCGUGGUGGCUAUAUUAAAGAAGCUUUCGAUCUUGCACGAAAGAUGCCACUUGAACCAAACGUUAAAAUUUGGGGUUCCCUUUUAGGGGCUUGCAGGAUGCAUAAAGCAGUUGAACUUGCGGAUGACGUGCUUAACCUCCUAGUUAAAUUAGAGCCGACAAAUGCUGGAAAACUUUCUGCACUGUCAAAUAUUUAUGCUGUGGCAGGAGACUGGAAUAAUGUUGCUAACAUAAGGUUGAUGAUGAAGAGCAUUGGCAGGCCAAAGCAAUCUGGUGCUAGCUUAUUAGCAUUGAAUGAUGAAUACCAUGAGUUCACAGUGAUGGACAAAUCUCACGUCAAAUCAGACAAGAUUUAUCAUAUGAUAGACGGAUUAAGUCAGCAUCUUAAAUUACUUCGUCCUGUUCCAAUGGGUUUUUGCGAUGAAUGAUUAGUUUCAUGAACAGAGAUGAGUCAUCUUAUAUCGGACCAGAUAUCAGAGAUUGAUGCAGUAAAUCAACACUUGUAAAUAUUUUCCCUAGAAAACUAUUAUGGAAUGACACAAACUGCCAUGAUGAGUAUGAGUCCUGAGAUCAAUCUCUCACAAAGCAGCAAUGGCACUUGAAAUAAAGAUGUGCAGUGCCAGGUAAAAUUUACUGUGGUUAAAACGGAUCAAACUCCGUUAAAGCAGGAAGAUGCUCCAAAAACAGUGAAACUUAUGGUUGAUCUUGAUCUAAAUUAUAUGGACCAUGUUGCUGCUUAAUUCUCUCAUUUCACUGAUGUCUUGUAGAAGCAGUGAUAAAUGUCCAUCUGUAGUUAGCACCUGCCUAAAAUAGAGUUAGGGAACGCAGCCUACCAAAUGGAGAUUGGAGCUUCACCUUUGAGGUGAUAUUGGGGAUUUAUGCUACUUCAAUAUUUCACAAAUGAUCAUCUAGAGCAGAUUGUCCAUCCGAUGGGGCAAGUCCUUUUGUAUAUGCAAUUAAGGUGAUAUGACAAGAAAAAGAUGCUUUCCUCUUCUGGCAAAGGCAAAUCAACCUGAACAGAUCAGUCUUUCAAAUCAUUCAGUCAGCUAGAAAUGCAACUGGUUAGGCUCGAUUUUCUAGCCUUCGUGGUGUAUAUAUAACCAAUGUCCUGUGGCAACCCCUGUGGUGUAUAUCUAUUUUCUGUGUUUUGCUUGGUUUGAGGGGAGAAAUAACUAAACAAGCCAUUUCAGCUGGAUUUGUGAUCCCAUGAUUAUGCACCCCGUUUGCAUACGUAUUGCUGAUCUUCUCAAUGAUACAGUUUCUUCCUUGUGCAGAAUAUUAUCUUUGCCUAACUAGUUAUCUUUCUAUGAACUGAAAUACUGAUUGAAGAACAACUCAAUUUCUUGUUGGAUUUGCUCUAUUGACUAUCAGGAAGUCAUGUA